AAUUUUUAUUAACUGAAAAUAGUUGAGAGGAAAAAAAAGAAAAGAAAAGAAAAGAAACGGGCGGGAAGUUGACUUCAUAAAUGCAAGUGCAGCAAAAAGAAAAAGAUUACACCAGCUUCGAAUGCCUAUAUAUAAAUCUGAAACAGCAUCGAUAGGUAGCACAAAAGGAAAAGCAACAAGGAAUAUAGAAGAAGAUGGCAGAGGAAGUGGGGGAGACGAGAGGAGGAGAAGGAAAAGAAAAAACAGAAACCAUGGCAGUGGAAAAUAAGCUGAAAGAGCGAAAGAUAUCAUGGGCAAAGCUUCGUCGCGUGGACUCCCUCAAUUUGGAGGCAGGCCGAGUGUCUAAAACCCAACACAAUAACCAGGUUAAUUGGAAGAAGACGUUGAGUUUGACAUUUCAGAGCAUAGGAGUUGUGUACGGGGACAUCGGAACUUCACCGCUUUAUGUAUAUGAAAGCACUUUUCCAGACAAAAUCGGUUCAAAAGAGGACAUUCUUGGGGUGUUAUCGCUUAUCAUUUAUACCCUAGUACUAUUACCCAUGCUCAAGUACGUGUUCAUUGUGUUGAGGGCCAACGAUAAUGGCGACGGCGGAACCUUCGCUCUCUAUUCGUUGCUAAGCCGAUAUGUAAAAGUGAGCUUGAUCCCCAACGACCAACCUGAGGAUACUCAGCUUUCCAACUACAAGCUUGAAAUACCUUCCAACCAGUUGAAGCGGUCUGAAAAAAUUAAAGAGAAGAUGGAGAAUUCUAAAAACAUCAAAAUCUUACUUUUUCUUGUCACCAUCCUCGGAACUUCCAUGGUCAUCGGCGACGGAGUCCUCACCCCAUGCAUUUCAGUGCUUUCAGCUGUGAGCGGGAUCGGCUCCCUCGGCCAAGAUGCUGUUGUUGGCAUUUCAAUUGCAAUCUUGAUUGUCCUCUUCUGUGCUCAACGACUGGGCACCGACAAAGUGGGCUUCUCAUUCGCCCCUAUUAUUCUCCUGUGGUUUUCAUUCAUCGGCGGCAUAGGUCUUUACAAUUUGUUCAAAUAUGAUGUGAGUGUGUUACGUGCUUUCAAUCCAAAAUAUAUGUUUGAUUACUUCAAAAGAAAUGGGAAGCAGGGAUGGAUUUCACUUGGUGGAGUUGUUUUAGCCGUUACAGGCACUGAAGCCAUGUUUGCUGAUCUUGGUCACUUUAAUGUCCAAGCAAUUCAAAUCAGUUUUUCUGGCAUCGUGUUUCCUGCUUUACUAUGUGCAUAUGCAGGGCAAGCGGCAUAUCUCACCAAAUUCCCAGAUGACGUCUCUAAAACUUUCUACAAAUCUAUACCAGAUCCGUUGUAUUGGCCAACAUUUGUUGUCGCUGUAGCCGCCGCAAUUAUUGCCAGCCAAGCCAUGAUAUCAGGAGCAUUUGCAAUCAUCUCGCAAUCUCUGAGUCUUGGUUGCUUUCCCAGGGUCAAGGUUAUUCACACUUCUGCUAAGUAUGAGGGUCAGGUUUACAUACCAGAGGUCAACUACAUACUCAUGAUUGCGUGCAUUAUGGUCUGUUUGGGAUUCAAGACUACUGAAAAGAUCGGCAAUGCAUAUGGAAUUGCCGUGGUUGCUGUUAUGGUAAUCACAACUUGUAUGGUUACGAUUAUAAUGCUGGUUGUAUGGAGGACAAAGAUGAUAUGGAUUGCUUUCUUUUUUUUUGGAUUUAUUUGCAUAGAGGCCGUUUAUCUAUCAUCUGUUCUGUACAAAUUCAAAGAUGGCGGUUUCCUUCCACUGGCAUUUUCAUUUUUCCUGAUGAUAAUUAUGGGGAUAUGGCACUAUAUACACAAAGAAAGGUACAUGUAUGAGCUUAAAAACAAGGUGUCCAGAGAAUUCAUUAGAGAAUUGGCUGCAAACCCAAAUAUAAAUAGAGUACCAGGAAUAGGGCUUCUAUACUCUGAGCUUGUACAAGGCGUUCCUCCAAUAUUUCCUCACUUUAUUGCCAACAUACCAUCCAUUCACUCAGUUUUAGUAUUUGUUUCAAUCAAGUCUCUGCCGAUGAGCAAAGUAGCAUUGGAGGAGAGAUUCCUAUUCCGACAAGUUGAGCCAAGAGAGUACCGGAUGUUCCGGUGUGUAGUGAGGUACGGAUAUAAUGAUGCAGUUGAGGAGCCCCAAGAGUUUGAGCGCCAGUUGGUUGAAGGCCUGAAAGAAUUCAUCCGCCAUGAACACUUCAUUAGCGAAGGAGGAGACGCUGAAACAGUGGGAGAGCCAGAAAACCCCCAGAGUUCCACUCUGUUAGCGAAAGAUGGAAAAGCAAGAGCAUCAGCAGUUUACAUUGAGGAGUCACUGCAGCAGCCUAAUCCAUCUCGGGUUUCAUCAGGUUCCAUCCACUCAAAUAGUGGGAUUAAGUCCACGAAAUCCUCUAAUGGAAUUAUAUCCGCCCCACUCCAAGGGAGCGCUGCUGAAGAAAUGCAGAUUGUGCAGAAUGCAAUGGAGAAAGGUGUGGUUUAUCUGUUGGGAGAAGCAGAAGUGGUGGCAGAACCAAAAUCAUCCUUGUUCAAGAAAUUCGUUGUCAACCAUGCUUAUAAUUUCCUGAGGAGAAACAGCAGAGAGGGGGGAAAAGUCUUGGCAAUCCCAAGAGCCAGGCUCCUCAGGGUCGGAAUGACAUAUGAGAUAUGAUGCUGCUUUGUUGCAACCAAAAAAGACAAGUUGAGUUUCCAUGUUUUAUAUUGUAUGUUUGCUUCUCAGUGUAUUAGCAUAUGAAUAUAAUGAAGACCUAAGAAUUAUUGAA